UUCUUGGAAAAAAAGUUAUCUCAAAGAUGGCCCUUUACGAAGAAAAGAUAUGAAAGUCUUAAGGAAGAAGAAAAUGAAGAAAACAUAAACUUUGUUACAAUGGGCAUAAAUUCUGCGACACAAUUGCGAAAUUAUUUGUCUCUAAUUCUUUUUGAUGAUUAUUACAAUGAUAUAUCAAAUCAAAAUUAUUUCAAUGAUUCAAUUAGUAAUGUAGUAUUAAAAUUCGAUGAUGUAAAGAAAUUCAGUGAUAAUUUCGAUGAAUAUGCAAAUCGUAUGAAUGAAAAUGAACUUGUUUUUGAACGUACACGUAAGCCUAUAAAUGUGCUGAAAUGUAUGUUUUAUAUUGAGGAGAUUAAAUGCUUGUUAACACAAUUUCCACAGAAAAUUGAUCGCAAUUCAAUCCAAGAAUUUUGCAAUAUAGAAAUGUCUCACUAUGAGAAGCUAUCUUCGAUACGAAAUGAGUUGGACAGAUAUAGAGAGAAACCUGAAAAAGAACAGCUUUUGGAAGAAGUUUGUACUUUCGAAGCACAACGUAUUCAACCUCGAAAAGAUGUAUGUUACACGAAUGUAAGUGCAUCAUUGGAUACAAUCGCACAAGAGGUACUGAAUUAUCUCAGAGUGAAGCAUCCGAACCAUUCGAUAUUCUCCACUUCUGAAGAAACUUUUUCCUAUUGGAAAAGCAACAAUAUCGCAGAUAAUCAUUGGGAUGAAACAGAAAGUACGCAGAUUAUGGAUACACUCCAGGAAUAUAUAUUUAGCAUCUUGAAUUUUCGAGCAUGUAUCUCCCCAUUUUCACCCGAAGAUAUCAAAUGGAUUUGUAUAGAUUAUGUAUUACAAAGUAAAUAUGGUCAUGAUAUCGUUGUAUAUACAAUAUUUCAUAGCGUGGCUAGAAGACUUGGUCUACGUUGCGAUCUAAUAGAUGUUUACGGUGAAAUCUGUAUAUUUUGGAAAUCAAAAUUCGUCAUGAAUAAUUUAGAAAAUGAACGAUGUUUUUACAUAAAAGACGAGAAUUUCCCGAAUUGUCUUCAUGAUUGUCUACCAGAUUACAUGUCUUGUACAUAUUAUGAAGUCAUCAAAAUAAGAACUGCAAAGAUGUUGGUCAUAAUACAAUUAUUUGUUGAAACGUUUAUAUUGACACAUAAUAAUCUAUUUGGGAUUAGUCAAUUGUAAUGUGUAAAAAACAUACGCGCACUAACAUAAUCGCUAGUUAGUGUAUAACAUAUACCAUUGUAAAAAUAAAGAGCAUUGUGAGAUAUUUUCAGAUAACAAUUAUGUAUAAUUUACAAUUUUCUAUAUUAACUUGAAUUAAGUGUUUAUUGAGGCAUUUAUUCACAAAAAAAUCAAAGUAAAUAUUUUACAGUUUCUGUCUUAUUUUAAAUAGUAGAACACAUAAAUGAAAACGUGAAAUA